ACGACUCUCUAAUUUUGAGGCCUUCAACAGCCAAAGAUCUGAAAGCACUCAUGAAACAUGCGGAGAGACCGAGAUCCAAAACAUCAUUAAAAUCAGCAAGGAAAGCCAAAUCUGCCGUGUUCACCGAGGCAGUGGUUCCUCUCUUCCUCACCUCCAAGACUCAAGAAAUCUUUCAUUGUGUGAUUGACCACGAUGUCACCCAGGAGAAACCAUACAAGCUCAUUAAAAAGGAGUUCAUUAUAGAUGACAUGAAGACCAGGGCAGCUGUGUCUGAUUUCCAUCCAUACAAGCACCCGAUCAUGGACUACCAAGGAGAUGAACUUCUAGUCGUCUAUGAUGUCAAUUCCACGUACGGACAGAAUUUCUAUCUUGCACUAAAUGAGAUGAUGAAGGAGAUAAUCUUACAGUCUGUUGAACCAAACCAGGAUCAAAGUACAGCCAAAGAUUUUGAGGUCGUCGGUGAAAUUAAAAGAAAGACCUGGAUCCAUCUGGGUAGUGGCGUUGAAAUUGAACAAGAAAAGUUUGAGGAAGCACCAACCAAGAUGAAAUUCAUGAUAUCCUGUGUCCGAAGGCAGUUUGGGGCGCCGCUGACUCUGUCCGAUCGCAACGAUGCUGAAACCAAGGACAGCUACGUGGAGUGUGCGUCCUAUCAGGAUAAGAGUUUCAGCAUCAAGAAGCUGGAGAGGGAUAUUGGUAUACAGGCCGUGUCAACGUCACAGGAAGGCAGCACGCAGACAAAAUGGACCUACCCAAGGAAUGCAUGCACCCAGUACACCCCCAGAGAGUUCACCACGGAGGAGAAGGAGCGGCUCAUGGAAUCUGAAGUCCUCGCCAACUUCAUCAACUCAGUGGCCUCAAGGUUUGAGUCAGCUCUGCAGCAAAAUGAGAUCAUGGAUGUCUUUUACGACGACUGGAAGGAGCUCUCAGAGGAGGACAGCACCUUUGGGGGAAAAACGGACGGCCACUUGAAGGAGUACCAGUCAUUCACCGACCUACAGAAGAGCCAGGGGAGGCGGAUCAGCCACAUCGAGUGGCACCCAGCAAUCCUUGGGCUGGUGGCUGUGUCCGUUGUGGAUGUCAUUACAAUGGAGGACCGGAUAAACUCAACCAACAGAUCACUCCGCAGUCACUCCUACAUCCUCUUCUGGAAUUUCAGUGACCCAAUCCACCCACAGAUAAUGCUAGAAGCUCCAGAUGACAUCUACUGCUUUCAGUUUUGUCCCACAGACACCAACAUCGUGGCGGGCAGCUGCAUGAAUGGCCAGGUGGUGCUGUGGGAUAUCAGCGAGUUCACGGAGAGACUGCAGGGCUACCUUCCAGCCGCAAAGCCAGAAACCCACACAUCAAACCUCCUGCCUGAGUUGGAUCCUGCACCUCCUUGCGAAGUCCCCAUUGCUCAUUACUGUGCAGUGUCGUCAAUAGAAAACAGGCACAAAUCCCUGAUUACUGACCUGUGCUGGCUACCAGACCACUUUGAGUUAACAAAGUUUGGGGUCCCAUGUGAGAACAUAGAUGGGAUGUGUGUCCAGCUUGUCACAUGUUCUCCAGACUGCACCAUACUGUUCUGGGAUAUCCGACACCCAAAAUCCACCGCCCUGUCAAUGCAAGAUAAACGGAAAAUGGAGAAGGAACUCCAGAAUCCUGAGGGAGUGCCCAACACCUUCAAACAUCUGGAUCUCCACUGGAAGCCAAUGCAUAAGGUGACACUACCUAAGAUUGAAGGCAGUGGAGAAUACAGCCCAAUCCGAAUCAGCAUGAGAGAGAAGUGCACCAACAGGAUAAACGAGAAAGCCCAACUCCACCUCUUGAAGGGCAAAGGGGAAAACACAGAAUACAGCACCAAGGAUGUUCCUUCAGCCAGAGAUCUGACCAACCUGACGGACAUCAACACCUUCCUCUUCAUUGGUUCCGAGGAUGGAGAAAUUAUUUACGUAGAUUGGCAAGUGGAGAAGGACGUGGACACUGGAAAAAUGACCACCCCGAAACCCACCCACUGCCACGCUGUUCACGACGGACCUGUGAAUACAGUGCAACGGUCGCCGUUUUUUGGGGAUAUCAUUCUGACUGUGGGAGGAUGGACAAUUGCAAUUUGGAAGGAAGGUGUUACUCUCGGACCCCUCCUGCACUCCGCCUGCAGGGACAGGCGAUGCACCACGGGACACUGGUCCCUCUCCAGACCUGGGGUCUUUGUCAUCGGGAAAGAAGACGGCAACAUUGACAUCUGGGAUUUACUGGAAAAGACGCACGAGCCCUCCCAGAUGCAGAACAUCUCUUCUGUCCCGAUCAGUUGUAUGAAACCCUGCAUUGUAUCACAAAAGCAGCACCUACUGGCAGUGUCUGAUGACUUUGGAACCCUGCACAUUCUGGAGGUGCCCUGGUCCCUGAGACAUCCGUUUAACCAGGAGAAGUCCAUCGUUGAAGGUUACUUCGACAGAGAGGUAAAGCGACUGGGUUACUUUGAAACGAGAAAAAUGUUGAGAGCUGAAAUGAUCGAAAAGCAAGAUCAAAAGAAGCAGGCACCUCCGGUCAUAGAGGCAAAGACAGCAGAACAGAUAGAGGAGGAAUUGAAGAAGGAGUAUGCUGUUUAUCUAACGGAUGAGAAGAAAGCCAUCUUUGCCCAACUUGGGAAGAUCUGAAAAUCUUUGAACCUGUAUAUUUAAAAAAAUAAAAUUUGAUAAAAGACUGUCAGAUCCAUGUUAGAAACGUCAGCAACCAAGCUUGAAGAAGGCCGACUGAUGUCAACGUCUCUGCACACGCCAAGAAGCUGACAGAAUUAGCACUCAGAGGAUGUGGGUGAGUGGAGGGAGCUCAGUAUGUUAAAGGUAAACCGCCUUUGUCCUGUUCCAUGUUUCACUGAUGGGGCUUUAAAAAGGUGUUUGGCAAAUGCCUCAUGACAGACUUGUUAGCAAAA